UCUGAGUUCCCGCGGUUGUAGGGUGGCUCGGCCUUUGCUUUUGUCUUCGGGCGGGUCCCCUUCCCUCUCGCCCUCCAGCCGGAAAGGAAGCGGGUGUGGAAGAAAGGGCUCCAGCCUGAGCCCCUGCCCCCUCUCGCUGCUCGCCCUCGGAACUUUUGGCCUUCCUGUGCCUUUCUCGUCCCACAUUCGCCCUGCUGCAGCCUCACUGUUAAACCUCGGUGGGCUCCAGGCCCUUUGGUGUCGAGACACGAGACGUUUGCAAAAAUGUCCCGGAUCGAAAAGAUGAGCAUUCUGGGCGUGCGGAGUUUUGGAAUAGAGGACAAAGAUAAGCAAAUUAUCACUUUCUUCAGCCCCCUCACAAUUUUGGUUGGACCCAAUGGGGCAGGGAAGACGACCAUCAUUGAAUGUCUAAAGUAUAUUUGUACCGGAGAUUUCCCUCCUGGAACCAAAGGAAAUACAUUUGUUCAUGAUCCCAAGGUUGCUCAAGAAACAGAUGUGAGAGCCCAGAUUCGUUUGCAGUUUCGUGAUGUCAAUGGAGAACUUAUAGCUGUGCAGAGAUCUAUGGUGUGUAGUCAGAAAAGCAAAAAGACAGAAUUUAAAACCCUGGAAGGAGUCAUUACAAGAACAAAGCAUGGUGAAAAGGUCAGUCUCAGUUCUAAAUGUGCAGAAAUUGACAGAGAAAUGAUAAGUUCUCUUGGGGUUUCCAAAUCUGUGCUAAAUAAUGUCAUUUUCUGUCACCAAGAAGACUCUAAUUGGCCAUUAAGUGAAGGAAAGGCUCUGAAGCAAAAGUUUGAUGAAAUUUUUUCAGCAACAAGGUACAUUAAAGCUUUAGAGACGCUUCGUCAGGUACGUCAGACACAAGGUCAGAAAGUAAAAGAAUGUCAGACAGAGCUGAAAUAUCUGAAACAAAAUAAGGAAAAAGCUUGUGAAAUUCGUGAUCAGAUUACUAGUAAAGAAGCCCAGUUAACAUCUUCAAAGGAAAUUGUCAAAUCCUAUGAGAAUGAACUUGACCCACUGAAGAAUCGCCUAAAAGAAAUUGAACACAAUCUCUCUAAAAUAAUGAGACUUGACAAUGAAAUUAAAGCCUUGGAUAGUCGAAAGAAACAAAUGGAAAAAGAUAAUAGUGAACUGGAACAGAAAAUGGAAAAGGUUUUUCAAGGGACUGAUGAACAACUAAAUGAUUUAUAUCAUAAUCAUCAGAGAACAGUAAGAGAGAAAGAAAGGAGAUUAGUAGACUGUCAGCGUGAAUUGGAAAAACUAAACAAAGAAUCUAGGCUUCUCAAUCAAGAAAAAUCAGAACUUCUUGUUGAACAGGGUCGUCUACAGCUACAAGCAGAUCGUCAUCAAGAACAUAUCCGAGCUAGAGACUCAUUAAUUCAGUCUUUGGCAACACAGCUAGAAUUGGAUGGCUUUGAGCGUGGACCAUUCAGUGAAAGACAGAUUAAAAAUUUUCACAAACUAGUGAGAGAGAGACAAGAAAGGGAAACAGAAACUGCCAACCAACUGAUGAAUGACUUUGCAGAAAAAGAAACUCUGAAACAGAGACAGAUAGAUGAGAUAAGGGAUAAGAAGACUGGACUGGGAAGAAUAAUUGAGCUAAAAUCAGAAAUCCUAAGUAAGAAGCAAAAUGAGCUGAAAAAUGUGAAGUACGAAUUACAGCAGUUGGAAGGAUCAUCAGACAGGAUUCUUGAACUGGACCAGGAGCUCAAAAAAGCUGAACGUGAACUAAGCAAGGCUGAGAAAAAUUGCAAUGUAGAGACCCUAAAAACAGAAGUAAUAAACCUUCAAAAUGAGAAAGUAGACCUAGACAGGACCUUGCGUAAAUUGGACCAGGAGAUGGAGCAGUUAAAUCAUCAUACAACAACCCGCACCCAGAUGGAGAUGCUGACCAAGGACAAAGCUGACAAAGAUGAACAAAUCAGAAAAAUAAAAUCUAGGCACAGUGAAGAACUAACUUCAUUGUUGGGAUAUUUUCCCAACAAAAAGCAGCUCGAAGACUGGCUUCAUAGUAAAUCAAAAGAAAUUAAUCAGACUAGGGACAGACUUGCCAAAUUGAACAAGGAACUAGCUUCAGCAGAGCAAAAUAAAAAUCAUAUAAAUAAUGAGCUGAGAAGAAAGGAGGAACAGUUGUCCAGUUAUGAAGACAAGCUGUUUGAUAUUUGUGGUAGCCAGGAUUUUGAAAGUGAUUUAGACAAGCUUAAAGAGGAAAUUGAAAAAUCCUCAAAACAGAGAGCCAUGUUGGCUGGAGCCACAGCAGUUUACUCCCAAUUCAUUACUCAGCUAACAGAUGAAAACCAGUCAUGUUGCCCCGUCUGUCAGAGAGUUUUUCAUACAGAGGCUGAAUUACAAGAAGUUAUCAGUGAUUUGCAGUCUAAGCUGAGGCUUGCUCCAGAUAAACUCAAGUCAACGGAAUCAGAGCUGAAGAAAAAAGAAAGGCGGCGUGAUGAAAUGCUGGGGCUUGUGCCGAUGAGGCAAAGCAUAAUUGAUUUGAAGGAGAAGGAAAUACCAGAAUUAAGAAACAAACUACAGAAUGUCAAUAGAGACAUACAGCGCCUAAAGAGUGACAUAGAAGAACAGGAAACACUUUUAGGUACAAUAAUACCUGAAGAAGAAAGUGCUAAAGUAUGUCUGACAGAUGUUACAAUUAUGGAGAGGUUCCAGAUGGAACUUAAAGAUGUUGAAAGAAAAAUUGCACAGCAAGCAGCUAAACUACAAGGAAUAGACUUGGAUCGAACUGUUCAACAAGUAAACCAGGAGAAACAAGAAAAACAACACAAAUUAGACACAGUUUCCAGCAAGAUUGAAUUGAAUCGUAAACUUAUACAGGACCAGCAGGAACAAAUUCAACACCUAAAAAGUACAACAAAUGAUCUUAAAUCAGAGAAACUUCAGAUAUCCACUAACUUGCAGCGUCGUCAACAACUAGAGGAGCAGACUGUAGAAUUAUCCACUGAAGUUCAGUCUUUAUAUAGAGAGAUAAAGGAUGCUAAAGAGCAGAUAAAUCCUUUGGAAACAACACUGGAAAAGUUCCAGCAGGAAAAAGAAGAAUUAAUCAACAAAAAACAUACAAGCAACAAAAUAGCACAGGAUAAACUGAAUGAUAUCAAAGAGAAGAUUAAAAAUAUUCAUGGUUACAUGAAAGACAUUGAGAAUUAUAUUCAAGAUGGAAAAGAUGACUAUAAGAAGCAAAAAGAAAUUGAACUUAAUAAAGUAAUAGCUCAACUAAGUGAAUGUGACAAAAACAAAGAAAAGAUAAAUAAAGAAAUGGGAAUCAUGAGACAAGAUAUUGAUACACAGAAGAUACAAGAAAGAUGGCUACAGGACAACCUCACUUUAAGAAAAAGAAAUGAGGAACUAAAAGAAGUUGAAGAAGAAAGAAAACAGCAUUUGAAGGAAAUGGGUCAAAUGCAGGUUUUACAAAUGAAAAAUGAACAUCAGAAGUUGGAAGAGAACAUAGACAAUAUAAAAAGAAAUCACAGUUUGGCAUUGGGGCGACAGAAAGGUUAUGAGGAAGAAAUUAUUCAUUUUAAGAAAGAACUUCGAGAACCUCAGUUUCGAGAUGCUGAGGAAAAGUAUAGAGAAAUGAUGAUUGUUAUGAGAACAACAGAGCUGGUAAACAAAGAUCUGGACAUUUAUUAUAAGACUCUUGACCAAGCAAUAAUGAAAUUUCACAGUAUGAAAAUGGAAGAAAUCAAUAAAAUUAUUCGUGAUCUUUGGCGAAGUACCUAUCGUGGACAAGAUAUUGAAUACAUAGAAAUACGAUCUGAUGCUGAUGAAAAUGUAUCAGCUUCUGAUAAAAGACGGAAUUAUAACUACCGAGUGGUGAUGCUGAAGGGAGACACAGCCUUGGACAUGCGAGGACGAUGCAGUGCCGGACAAAAGGUGUUGGCCUCACUCAUCAUUCGCUUGGCGCUGGCUGAAACUUUCUGCCUGAACUGUGGCAUCCUUGCCUUGGAUGAGCCAACAACAAAUCUUGACCGAGAAAACAUUGAAUCUCUUGCACACGCUCUGGUUGAGAUAAUAAAGAGCCGCUCCCAGCAGCGUAACUUCCAGCUUCUGAUAAUCACUCAUGAUGAAGAUUUUGUGGAGCUCUUAGGACGUUCUGAAUAUGUGGAGAAAUUCUACAGGAUUAAGAAGAACAUUGAUCAAUGCUCAGAGAUCGUGAAAUGCAAUGUUAGUUCCCUGGGAUCUUAUGUUCAUUAGCUGCUUGUUUUUUUUGAUUUUGGGUUUUGUGUGUGUGUGUGUGCGCGCAGAGGAUUGAACCCAGGGCCUUGCAAUAUUAGCCAAGUACUCUACCAACUGAGCUACAAUCCCCACCAGCUGCUCACUUCUGAUAUCAACUGAACCAGAUGAAGAAACAUUCUUUAAAAAAAAAAAACUUGUGUCUAGAAUGUUGAAUGUUUAAGAGGUUCUGAGAUCAUAAAGUUGUUUCACAUGAAAUUUGGACUGAUUUCCUAAACUGUGUCCCCCUGCAGCAGCCUCUAACAGCCUACAGGGCUCAGCAGCUUUACAGUUGGACUCAGUCACUCUGCUUCCCUCCAUAGGAUAAAUAAAUGUCCCCCUCCCCUUGCUGUUAAGAAGGAUGGGCUCCCUUAACUGUAAAUCUGUGCAGGUGACCUCUCUGCCUGGGCCUUGGUUUCUCCUAAAUCUGAAGUAGUUGAAUGGGGUCUUAAGUUUUGACAGAAACCUUAAGUAGUUAUCUCAUUGAGUACCCACCAUCUUCUCUCUCCACACACCUGCCAGAUAGUCAUCAAGACUCAGGGCUCUCUAGAGAGGAAAUUGCCCACUUGAAGCCUGAUCUGUCCACCAUGGAGAAGGCAGUCAUUCUCCUCUGCAUCUUCUGUGUAUCAGCUCAGCCUUACCGUCAAUCCCAACUACUCUUCAAGGGCAGGUCCCAGUGUGGAAGGCAAGCCAGGCUCACACAUACUCAGGUCCUGCCUCCAACCAGACCUGGAAGAACAAGCCUCUCAUUUCCACUCUUGAUGACAAUUCUGAUAAAGCCCAAUACUCUUUUCCAUGGAAUUGUCAGCUAACAUCUUGAAGCCAUUUGCAGUUAUUCUAAUGCUUCCCAGUCACACUUUAGAAUUCCACUUUGUGGAGUUUUGUCAGAGUCAUUCAGAACUGUGUUAGAUCUUGAUUCAGUCAAGCUUUGGGCAGAUCUGGUAAGCAUAUUGUGUAGUCUGCCUUUCUCAUCCAGGGUCCAGAAGCGGAUUGAGCCCUAAGGUCCUAUAUUAUCUGUGCUCAGGCUAAAUAGUGGCCCCCAAAGACAUCCAGGUCCUCAUUCCCUGAACCUUUGAAUAUUACCUUAUAUGGCAAAGGUGACUUUGCUGAAGUGAUGGAAGCUAAGGAUCUCGGAAAUAUAUUAUCCCUGGGGUGGUGCUAAAUGUAAUCAUAAGUAACCUAAUAAGAGGGCGGCAGAGGGAAGUCAAAUUACAGGAGAAGGUGAUGUGUUGGUGGAAACCGACCAGAGAGAUGCACUUUGAAGAUGGAGGAAGGGCCGUAAUCCAAGAGAUAGAGGCAACCACUAGAAGCUGGAAAAAGUAAAGAAGCAUUCUCCCCUCAGAGCCCACAGGAGGAGUCAGCCCUUGACUUUAGUUCAUUGAAAUUGAUUUUGAGUUCUAGCCUUCAAAACUGUUAAAAGAAUAAAUCUGUGCUGUUUCAAGAUGGUA